UCGUCCCGCCCCUGAUCCCGGAGCUCUGGCGGAGGUUACCAUAGCUACGGCGCCCCAAGCCUCUAGGCCUCUCUAGUUGGCCCUCCGCUCGCCGGAGGAGGAGGCGACACCAUGAGCCACGUAGUGACCAUAGAGGAGCCGCAAGCCAAGCUGCAGGUGUCUCAAACCCAGUGCGGGAUGAGGUCGGGGGCCUGGGGCAAAGUCUCCUCCAGUCGAGCGUAUGAUUUCCUGUACGAUCCAUUGUUUAUUCUGUCAAGUGAGAAAGACCACUCACAGGCAAAUAUCCAAGCCACCCUGAUUCGAAGCAAACUGAGAAAAGUUCCCAGGUUUAGAAACAUGUUCAGUAACCUGAUCCAUUAUCCAAGAUAUUCUCUGUAUUGGAGCAAGGCAGACCCCGUCCCACCAUUCAUCAGUAGGGAAUGGAAAGGACUUGAGGAGAAACACAGAGAAGCCCUCCAGCAACUUGCUGUUUUUAGAACUGACACUUCUUUUCGGAUGCCUGAAGAAGUUUUUGAAGAUCCUGAAGUUACUGGAAAGAAUCGCUAUAAAUAUUUUGAGAGACCUUUUCUUCCAUUUUAUCAACAGAUACCAUUCAGUGUUGUUUAUGCAGCAACCAGGACAGAACCAUAUACUUUUCCUCGUGCUCCUACUAAGUACCCACCCAUCCCUUCCAAGUGUACUGUGGGCACUCAAACUGAUUAUCGGGAUGGCGAAGUCCAAACAGAUCCAUAUUCUCCAGAAUACGUAGUAUGUCAAGAUUCAAUUCCUGAGCUCUUGACGCUGGCUUCUCUUACUUGGGGUCGAGGUCUCCCUGCAGGACAAGCGGAAGUAGAGAUGAUAGAACGGGCCAGGGAGAAACGUGCAUGGGAAGCCACACUUCCCUCUCCGCGUGACACCUCCCAGCUGGAGAAGAGGAGGAGGAUGAUGAAUGCGAUGGAGAGGAAGGAAUGGGCCUUCAGAGAGCAGGAAAUUGAAAAACUGCAGGAGAUUCGCCUUGAAGUUCUAAAAGAGCUGUUAAAGAAGCGUGACAAGAACCAAAGUGCAGUGAACAUGAAGCACUUGAAUGCCCAAUGGUCUAAACUGCAGGCAGCAAAGGAGGCCAAACUGGCAAAAAUCCAGCACGCACAUGCAUCGGCAAUCAGAAAACUUGAGAGAAAAGGGAAGAAUGUAGAAGGGAAGUUGGAGAGAAGAAAUAUCAUCAGGGAUUAUUCUGAUUAUGCGUCACAGGUCUAUGGACCUCUAUCUCGCCUUGGUCGCUUCCCAGAUAAUAACUCAGAGGACUUUGUUGUAAAAAACCAUUAUCUCAACACUUAUGAAGGAUUAGUUGAACUUGAGUCAUCCCUCCCUGAUUUUGUCAUGCAACCCCGAAUCAGACCUCUAAAGCCAAAAGUUACUACCACCAAAGCUGGUUUUCUAAAAAGGGAAGCAAGGUUGGACCAUGAGUUGGCAGAGAUUCAUAAGGCACUGUUGGAUAAGAAAAAUAAAGUUCUUGAACCAAAGAAAACUCUACGCUUUCUUCAAAGAAAGCCAAUACCUCAACCUCGGCUUCCAACUCCAACCUUGGAAAUGAGUUCCAAUGAAGAAGAUAUAGAAAUGGCUGUGAUCUACCUUCAAAAGUUACUCCGGGGCAGAGUCGUUCAGAACAUGAUGUUUGAAGGGAAAGAAAAGCGACUGGAAUUGAUCCAGGAGCUGCGCACCAGCCAUGUGCUACAAGAAGAUGACAGGCUGGUGCAGAAAGCCGAGAAGCAGGUGAUCCUGGCCUUACAGUGGCAGAGGGACUUGCAUGAGCACAAGGUGUUGCUGGUUGAAAACCAUUUGGCUGGGCUGGAAGGAAGCGUGCUGGCAGAUAUGUUUGACUUUCUGUCCAAGGAGCUGGUGAGGCUGCAGGAAGAGAGGAGGAUCCAUGCCUUCGCCAUGCUGGCCGAGCGGCAGCGGCGGAUGCGAGAGGCCCAAGAGAGCGGUCGGCGGCAGGUGGAGCAAAGGCGCCUCCGCGAGGAGGACCAGAUAUUUAAGGAGGUGAUUAAAGUUCACAAAGGUACUGUAACUUCCUAUUUGGAAGACUUAAUACUGAAUACUGAAGAGAAUACUGCAGACGAGCAAGCCAGGGCAGAAAUUGAGAAGAUGGCUGAGGAAAUCAAUGACAUUGCUUAUGAAAUGGAAAGCCGUCGAACUCACCUUCAGUCAGAGGAAAUUGUCGCUGAGUUGGUUUAUAGUUUCCUAAUCCCAGAGGUGCAAAAAGGCUUUGUCAAAGAAAAAGUGAGGAACGCCCAGCGGAAGCAUAUCCUUGCAGCGCACGAGGUCAUCCACAGGCACACGGAAGUCAUGGUCAGAAGGAAGUUUGCUGAGAAACGGCCGGACGAAGUCUCAGACGCUGAAGAGCUACUUGAGAAAGAAACUCAAGAUGAGUGAAACUGCUCAGAUUAUGAUCUUUUUUUAAAAAGACGCUGUACAAAUCAUCGUAAAGAAUUUCGUAGUCUGUGCUUCUCCCAAGACGUACAUCUUGUGUGGCUUGUCACUGUGUGAUUUAUCAUGAGAUGUUUUCUUUAAACUUCUGAUAACUUAAAAUGACUCAUUAAUAGCUAUCAGUGAAGGAUCUUUAUUCUCAUUGGUGUUUCCUAGAUGCUCUACUUCAAGAGAAAAUUUUCUCAUGUUUCAUUUUAAUGUUUUGUUAACUAGAAGGGUAUUGGCUACUGAAUCAAACAAAAAGAAAUGUUACUGAGUGUUUCUUUAAAUAGUUUUGGUUUGCUAUUCAUAGUGCAUUGGAAUUAUCUACUAAAAUAAAAAUAUGCUUUCCCCAUGACCUAGCAGUUCAUCUCCUAGAUGUAUACCCAGUCGGAAUGAGUAUGUACACCAGCUGGCAUGAUAAGAAAGUUCACGGCAGUACAAUUCAUGAUAAACCCUAAACUGGAAACCCAAAUGCCAUCUACAUUGGGAUAGGAAACUAAACUAUAUAUCCAUAUCCAUAAAAUGGCACAUCAACUCACCAUUGGACUACAGAUCUAAAAGCUAUGUUCACUGGACAGCCAUGGAGAGGGUGCUAUUGGAGAGCAAUCUGCCCAUCCUGUGUGUUGACAAACAUCAGGGUUGAAUGGUUCCCUCCUCAUUUAAAGAUAAAUAGGAAAAACAAUAAAUAAAGAAAUAACUUCAAAAAACCAACAUGGGACCCAUGUAAAGAAUUUACAGAAGAAAAUGUAUGUCACUCUGAAAACAGAAUAAAAGCCUAUCUAAGACAAUAUAUCUUGCUAAAGUAAACAAGAAAACCUUCUGAAACUAUCUGCUUGGUAUUUUUAAUAAGAGGAGGCAAAAAUAAAUGGCCUCUUGGGAAACUGAAGCAGGGAAUAAGGACAACAGCCAAAACACAGACAGAUGCAGCUGUAAAGAAAGGAAAGCCGGCUAAGAUGAAAAAAUCCUAAGAUGACUGCUAUCCAUUUGGAUGCAGUCCAAAGAGCAGACACACCGCAGGGGAGAAUAAAGCAGGCAAUGCUGCUGACAAACUUACUAAGUCAUCCAGGGGGUGCUGGGUGGG